AUGGUAAAAACAGCAAGAAUACCAACAGCCCAGACACCGGCGCCGGAGUACCCGGUGCUCCCACCCACAGAACCUCCCACUCUUGACCUCUUUCAGGCACCUGUUUGCAAAGCUCCGGGCCCUCACGCAGACGCACCUGUGCAGCAAGCAGAGAGGAGGACUGGCCAGAGACUCAGAUCUCUAGGGACUCAAGCCCGCCUGCCUCAGCAAGGCCACCGUGUCCUGUCCCAAGAAAUGUCUUUUAGGCACUUGCUCCUGGUGCUGCAGCUGUCGCAACUCUUGGCCGUCACUCAAGGGAAGACCGUGGUGGUGGCCAGAGAAGGCGACUCAGCGACGCUGCCCUGCGGAAAUUCCCAGAAGGCGAUAGCAUAUUUCACCUGGAAGCUCCCCGACCAGACGAUGAUUCUGCGAAAUCCUAGAUACUUUCUGACUAAAGUUCCAGACCAGAGGUUCAGCCGUUUUAAUUCCAGGACAGGUGAAUGGGAUAGAGGUUCAUUUCCUCUCAUCAUCGAUAAUGUGAAGAUGGAAGACUCCCAGUCAUACAUCUGUGAGGUGGACAACAAGAAGAUGGAGGUGGAGCUGCGUGUGUUCAGAGUGACCAUCAACCCCAGUACCCGCCUGCUGGAGGGGCAGAGCCUGAAUGUGAUCUUGGAAUACAACCAUCCGGUUGAUAACCCCUCAAUACAGUGCAAAGGCCCAAGGGGUGGAAGUGUCAAGAGAGCUACUGCUAUUUUCUCCGUGCCCAACCUAAGGACUCAGGACAGUGGCCAGUGGGCCUGCACCGUAACCCUGAACCAAGUGGAACGGACGUUGGCCAUAAAAAUCUUAGUGCUGGGUUUCAAGAAGGCAUCUAUCACAGCCUAUAAGAGCGAGGGGGAGUCAGCAGAGUUUUCCUUCCCACUCGACAUAGAAGAAAAUGCCCGGGGAGAGCUGAGGUGGAAGGCAGAGGAGGCCUCUUUCUUCCAGCACUGGGCCACCUUCUCCGUACAGAACAAGGAGGUAUCUGUGCAGAAGGCCACUGACGACCUCAAGCUCCAUAUGGAAAAGACACUCCCAAUCAGCCUCAAGAUAGCCCAGGUCUCGCUUCAGUGCGCUGGUACUGGCAAUCUGACCCUGACUCUGGACCAAGGAACACUGUAUCAGGAAGUGAACCUGGUGGUGAUGAAAGUGGCUCAGGACGAUGAUUCUUUGACCUGUGAGGUCAGGGGACCCGUUUCCUCCAAUAUGAGACUCACUCUGAAGCGGGAGGAUCAGGAGCCCAGGGUCUCCAAGGAGCAGAAGGUGGUCCAAGUGCCGGCCCCGGAGGCCGGGGUGUGGCAUUGUCUACUGAGUGAUGGAGAAGAGAUCAAGAUAGACUCCAAGAUCCAGGUUUCACCCAGAGGGUGGAACCAUGACCAUCCAAAGUUCCUGGCUGUCGUGUCGGGGGGCAUCUGCGGCUUCCUGGCUUUCAUCGGGCUCAUCAUCUGGUGUGUCAGGUGCAGACGACAACAGCGCCAGGCAGCACGGAUGUCUCAGAUCAAGCGGCUCCUCAGUGAGAAGAAGACCUGCCGGUGCCCCCACCGGAUGCAGAAGACUCAGCAUCUCAUCUGAGGCCUAGACCCCACCUGCAGCCUACCAACUGUGUCCUGUCUCCUCAGAGGCUGAGACCCGAGGACCAGAUGAAUGUAGCUGAUCCUGUGCCUCUGGCCUCCUCCUGCUCUCCUCUUCCACAACUGGCCAGUGUUUCUCUCACUCUGUCCCCAAGCCCAUCAGCAGAGCUUGCUUCCACUUUUCAGACACUUAAACACGCCAGUUGUUCUUCCCAGCUUCCUUUUCACCAGAACCUCGGCUCUUCUCUGACUGCCGUUCUGAAACCUCUCUUCAGCUGUUUGCUUGGAUCUAAGGGCCAUGCACAGAACCAUCCCUACCUGGCAUGGGCGGUGGGAGUGGCACCUGGAAAUACACACUUUAGAAGAGUGGGCUCUGUGACCAAGCUGAGUGAGGGCCUUGUACACAGAUCACACAACCUUUCAGGGACAGAUGCAGACCCAAAGGCUGCUGAAGUCAGCCUCAGUUUCCACACUACCUGCUUCUCACUUCUGGCCAGUGCACCAACACACACCCAGGCCACACACCCAUACACACAGCCACGCACUGGUCCAUAGAGCCAAAUAGCUUAUCUUAAUUUAUAAGCCGGUUCAAUGUCCUGGGUGUUCAAGCCUAACAAAAACCUUACAUGUGGGCAAGAUGGCUCAGCGGUAAAAGCUCUUGCUGCCAAGCCUAAUGACCCAAGUUCAGAUCCUGAGGAAGGAUAGAGCUGACUCUUGAAAGUUGUCCUCCACUCAAGCACAGUGGCCCCCGUAUACGGACAACACACACACACACACACACACACACACACACACACACACACACACACGGAGAAAUCCUACAAGCUGGUAGCCAUGACCAAGAGGACAGAGAUGAACAAUCAUCCCCAGUAAAAUGGAAUUUAGGUUGACAGACUACCCAAGGUUGCUGAUGUCAGGACCAGCCCAGGGCCCCUGAUGCCUAGAGCCAGUAUGUGAAACACAGGGAUGAAUGCCACACAGAUCUUUGGAGCUAGUCACGGGCACUCAGUGUGCACCAGGGGCGGCACAGGGGCACAGCAGAGACCGCCUCUCUCACACUCCUUGAUUCACAUCCCUUCCUUACCACUGCUGUUUGGGGGAGUCCGAGAAGCAGGAGGCACAAACCCCGGCUCUCUUAAGAGCAAGGCUGGGAGCAUGCAGAGACCUGCCGCUCCCUGUGUGCAGAGCCUUGAGAGUGAGCUGUGCUGGGGGUCCUUUAGGGAGACCCUUGUGGAAGGUGACUGUGCCAUCCACCUUUCCCACACAUGCAGGGAGACGGGGCUCUAAAUUCUCCCUGCCAGCCUUGAUCUGUUCCUCUCUGAUUCUCCGCCUCCUUGGCCUCUUUCACUUCCCUGCUCUAGCACCUCUUUUUUCCCUCACAACCCCUUUCCCUUUUUUUUCCUCCUUUUUUCCCCCAGCGGCCUCUUCCAGAAAGAGGACCUCCCCCACCCCAGUUGCUGCCAGAUCCCUCAUUGC